AUGUUGCUGUAUCUCUGUUUCAGGAAAAAAUCAGAAGCUUUGGCCCUGGUGCAGGCUGGUCUAGUUGACAUCUCCAAGGCUACAUACUCAGUGCAGACCCGCCAGUCUCUGACACACCCAAACUGGUUGGAGCACAGGGACCUUCACAACCUGGGCCUUUUGCAACUGGAGGAGCCACUGGAAUUUGGUCCCCUAGUUGCACCUGUGUGUCUCUCAGACAAGGCAGAUGCAAUAGGUGACUUCAGAAAUUGUUGGCUACCAGGCUGGUCUGUGCUGGAAGGAGGCCCUGCCGUGCUGCUGAGACAUCCCCUAGACAUCCUGAGCGUCACCAGCUGCGACCAACUUGGAGAGCAGCUCUCCAAUGCCAUAUUCUGUAUCAAGGCUCAAAUGGGCCCGGAAGGAGUCUGCACGGGUGAUGUGGGCUCUCCACUGAUCUGCCCUGACCCCCAGGGUGGGGCCUGGCUUCAGCUGGGGGUGCUGAGCAGUUUUGAUGAAGCCUGCUCCCGCCCCUAUGUCUUCAGCAGUCUGCCCCACUACCUGCCCUGGCUGGAGAGGACCACAAAGGUUGCAGGGUAUCGUUACAAUCGCACAGUUCCUUGGAAACACCUGAGGCCGACAAAAAAUCUUAGGCAGCUACAGAAACCAGAGACCCUGGCUGCAUGGAUCUCAGCACAAUUGUCCUUGCCCUGGCAAGUGCUCAUCGCCACAUGUGAGAAUCACAGCUGCGGGGGCUCAAUUCUGAAUCGCUACUGGGUGUUGACUACAGCACAGUGUGUCCAACAGACGGACCCAGCAAACAUAGCUGUCUUUGUGAGGCUGACACACCCCAAGGGCCAUGCCAGAGGCACCCACGUUGCUGCAAUUUACCCUUAUGAGGAGGCGACGCAGUACAGUCUCUCUGGCAGCUACAACGUGGCUCUGCUGCUCCUCCAGAAGCCCAUCGCCUUUGACCAACAUGUGGCUCCUAUGGCGUACUUCCCAAAGGAGCCCUGGGAUAGCUGCAAAGUGAUGGGUCUACAAAUGAUGCAAUCUGGUGAAAUUGGGGCUGACUCCCGCGCAUACCACGUCAAGGUGCUAAUGCCCUCAGACUGUGCCAAGGAACAUCCUGGGGUCAAUCCAGGCAUGUACUGUGUUGUAAGAAAUAGCUCUAGCUAUCUGCCGGGUGCUGCUGUAGGUGAGGGUGCAGCCCUGCUGUGCCACUUGGAGGCCAAGAGCAUGACAUGGAGCCAGGUUGGCUUGAUGAGUGAGCCCUUUCCGGGAUCCCAGAUGGUUGUUCUGUCCUCCAGCAUCACCUCCUAUGUGGACUGGAUAGAAAAAACGUCCAGACGAGCCAAGCACCAAUUAUUCCUGCCCCGUGGGAGAGCAGCAGCCUAUGGACCAAGUAGCUGGAUUCUCCUGCUGCUCCUGUCAUUGUUUUGGGAGGCAGAGUUGGGCUGA